AUGCAAGCACAGGAAGUCGAAUAUCUCUUGAACAGAUUCGAACAUAACGACUUUCUACCGAAGUUGCCAGAGCAUAAAGCCAUUGUUGAAAGCUGCAUCGUGGAGUGUAAGAGACUUUCGGCAUUUUUCAUCUAUUCCUCGUCGACAUCAUGGCUCCUAUGGGCUACGAAACCGUUUUAUAUGAGGGAGUUAAUAUUGCCGUUCGAAGUAUAUUUGCCGUUCGCUGUAACAACCGGGAACUGGAUAUAUUACACCGUUUACAUUUAUAUUUCAUUGAGUGUUCUCUACGGGGCAACAUCUAAUUCCUCCAUAGAUUGCCUUAUAUCGGGACUGAUCUAUCAUGCCUCUGGGCAGAUAAAAAUCCUGAAAGAUAAACUCGCCACAGUGGGCCUGAGGGCUGACUCGAAAGUUUCGCACAUCGAGGACGAUGGGGAGAGGCGAGAAAGGAGAGAUGUUUUCAUAUUGCAGCAGAUGCGAGAAAACUUGGAUCACUACGAUAACAUUAUAAGCUACGUUAAGGAUUUGGAGAAAAUCUUCACCUUAACUCCCUUCAUUCAGUUAUCAGUCAGUACAGUUGUCAUUUGCUUAAACUGCUUCAGGAUGAUAUAUAUCGAUCCAUUCAGCAUGUACUUUUUCUUCCUCGUUUCCUAUUCUGUGACUAUCGUGUUCCAGAUAUAUAUGUUUUGCCACUACGGGAAUGAACUACAUUACGAGAGCAUCUCUAUAGGAAACGCGAUUUAUAUGAGCGACUGGUAUACCUUUGAUAAGGAAUCUAAGAGAAUGUUGAUUAUGCUGAUGGAACGUGCAAAGAAGCCGCUGCUUUUCAAGGCGGGAAGCCUUCUUCCACUCUCCAUCGGAACCUUCGUCUCGAUUAUGAAAACAACAUAUUCGCUAUUGGCAGUUCUUCAAAAUCGAAAAUAA